UGGACUUACCGUAAAAUAGUUCCGUGCUGACUGUACCCUUAAGGUGAAGGUCCAUUGCGGUGACUUACCAUUAGCUGUCUGUGAAUUUUAGUUGUUUUUUGCUGCGAUGUCUGGACGUGUUCUAGUUGGAGUGAAGCGUGUCAUUGACUACGCAGUCAAGAUCCGUGUAAAGCCAGACAACAGCGGCGUGGUGACGGAUGGCGUGAAACAUUCGAUGAACCCCUUCUGUGAGAUUGCAGUGGAGGAGGCCGUCAAGCUGAAGGAGAAGAAACUUAUUAAGGAGGUUGUGGCUGUCAGCUGUGGCCCACAGCAGUCACAGGAAACCAUCCGCACUGCUCUGGCUAUGGGAGCCGACCGCGGCAUUCACGUGGAAGUGACCGGGAAAGACUACGACACUCUUGGACCUCUGCAGGUCUCAAAGAUCCUCGCUGCUUUGGCCAAAAAGGAAGAAGCUCAACUCGUCAUUCUUGGCAAACAGGCCAUCGACGAUGACUGCAAUCAGACCGGCCAGAUGACAGCAGCCUUACUGGACUGGCCUCAGGGUACAUUUGCUUCAGAAGUGUCGCUGGAAAACGAUAAAGUCAAAGUGGUCCGAGAAAUUGACGGUGGACUGGAAACCAUUAAAAUUAGCACACCGGCAGUUCUGACUGCAGAUCUCCGACUAAACACCCCCAGAUAUGCCACCCUGCCUAAUAUCAUGAAAGCCAAAAAGAAGAAGAUUGCUAACGUGAAGCCAGCAGAUUUAGGAGUGGACCUCACAUCGCGGUUGGAGGUGUUGAGGGUGGAUGAACCCCCACAGAGACAAGCAGGGAUGAAAGUGGAGACCGUAGAUGAUCUGGUCGUCAAACUGAAGGAUGCUGGGAAAGUAUAGAGGCGUGACGGGAAAAUGCUAGGAGCGCACAACCCAGCAGAGCAGGGCAGAAGACUGAACUAAACUUCCCAACAUCCUCAGGACGAGCUCUUGUAUCAGUCUAAUCUCUGUUCGGCUGUUGCUCCUGUUCCUUCAUGGUGGUAUCGACAGGAGAAAAGUAUUGAGAUUCACUGUUGAGCCCUGAAACAUCCCCCUAAAAGAACAUUUCUAUGAUGUAAAAUCUUCUGUCAUAAUUUUAGUAGCUUUUUACAAUAAAUGAAAGCCAGUAACCAUGUUCUGAAAGUGCUGCUGAUUGUCCUGAACUGUACUCUAACUCCAUUUAAAUAAUUUAGCUCACAAUCAUCUCAAUCUUUUUGUGUAGUCACACAUUAGAAAGUGUAAAUGAUAUUUGUAAAUACAAACCAGAGCAGAUAGUUAAUAAUAUGGUUAAGCAUUAUAUCAUCUACAGUUAACUUGUACAGAUAAUGAAUGGACUUCAGGAUUGGUUUGACAGUGUUUCUCAGUCUCACUUGGGAGGAGAUGACCAUACAUUUUAAAUUUUACCAUAAGCGCCUCAUUUCUGUGUUGAUUGUACAGAACACUGCAAAAACAAUAAAGCAGCCGCUCUUUUUCACAGCUACAA